AUGUCUUCUCAGACGUCUGCUUGUGACAUGGAUCCUGAAAAGGGGACCAUGGACUCGGUCCUUCCAAGCCCCGCUCCUAGCGUUAUCUCUCCUCCUAGCGUGUACGAGCUCAAGCAGAGAGUCACGCCGCCCAGUCGAUCAAAGUUCCACAUAAAACUUUCUAGCGUCUCCCCCAACAAAGAUGCAGAAAAGAAGUCCAAGAAAAAUCAAGUGAGCCGAUGGGUCCAAUUUCAGCUAUGGUUUAAUACAUAUCGGAAGUUCUACUGUAUAAUCUUGAUUAUCAACCUCGUUGGCCUGGUGCUGGCUGCUACCGGUGUAUGGGCGUAUCCACACCAGUAUUCUGGAGCUCUCCUCCUCGGGAAUCUGCAGACAGCCAUUCUGAUGCGGAAUGAGCUAUUCCUUCGAUUUUUGUAUCUGUUGGUCAAUUCAUGCUUUGCUAAGUGGACUCCCCUUUGGUUUCGACUAUCCUGCACCUCUGCAUUGCAACACAUCGGAGGCAUACACUCUGGAUGCGCAACUUCAGGGUGUAUAUGGCUUACAUAUCGGGUGGUAAUCCUUUUCAUCGAAGGUAGCAAUGAUGCUGUUUUAGCCACUGGCAUAACUACAGACGUUGCGGUGGCCAUUAGCAUUGCGAGCGCCUUUCCUUGGGUGCGGAACAAUCACCACAACGUUUUUGAACGCCAUCACCGUUUCAUUGGGUGCUACGACCUUGAAACGCGUUCAAUGGAUCCAAAGGGCACUUAUAUCCUUCGCCAGCAAGAUUUCUGGUAUAUUUUCAUUAUGACAAUACUCGUUAUAAUUCCUUGGGUCACUGUCCGCCAAGUGAAAGUGGACGUUGAAAUCCCUUCACCAAAGGUCGUAAUUCUUCGCUUCGAGCGCGGUAUGCAGCAGGGUCUGCUAGCAAGAAUAUCGAGAGGGUGCAUUUGGGAGUACCAUGCUUUUGGAAUAAUAUCCGAAGGGACUCAUGCGAAAUAUCACUAUCUGAUCUGUGGAGUACAGGGUGAUUUUACGCGUCGUCUUGUGGAUGAUCCACCCAAGUAUCUCUGGACGCGACAGCUCAAGUUUGCUGGAGUCUCUAAUACGUCGGCACUAUACAAGAGAGGUAUCCGAGUCUGCACUGGUACCGGUCUUGGUGCUGCUUUAUCGACGUGUCUACAACUGUACUUGAUAUGGAUUGGCUCUGAUCAAGAAAAGACGUUCGGCCCCACAAUAUCUGGUUUGAUUCAUCGGCACUUGGGGCCUGAACGCGUGACACUUUGGGAUUCCAAGCAGCGAGGUGGACGUCCAGACAUAAUGAAACUUCUCAAGGAGAUUUAUGACUCGUGGCAAGCGGAAGUCAUAUUUAUAACGUCAAACUAUCAAGGAAAUAAGGAGAUGAUGGAAGGCUGCAAGCAGGCUGGCAUGCCUGCCUUUGGAACACUGUGGGAUUUCUAG